UAUAUAUAUAUAUAUGUCAAAGAAAAUAUGCAUUAGAAAUUUUGCAUAGGUUUGGCACGAUGGAAAGUAACUCAGUGUGCAAUCCAAUAGUUCCAGGAUUUAAAGUAAGUAAAGACGGAGAUGGAAAAACUGUUGAUGAAACAUACUACAAGCACUUGGUGGGAAGCUUAAUGUACCUCAUUGCCUCGAGACCUGACAUCAUGUUUGUUACUUAUCUCAUAAGUAGAUAUAUGGUCAAACCAAUGCAAAUUCAUCUACAAUUGGCUAAGAGAGCACUUCGAUAUUUAAAAGCGACUUUGAAUUAUGGACUUCAUUAUAAGAAAGGAGGAGAUGGUGAGCUGUUAGUGUUUACAGAUAGCGACUAUGUCGGAGACGUGGAUGAUAGGAAGAGUACAUCCGGUUAUGUGUUUUUAAUGAGCUCAGGGGUUGUUUCAUGGUGUUAG